AUGCUGGGCCUGGGGUCAAUGGCAGUCCAACUGCGGGCCUGCCACUGCCGGGCGUGCUUGCGAGCAACAAACACGGUUAUUCGACGAGCGACGACGACCACGGCUACGAACCCCCGACGCCGCAAAGUCCUAGCCAGCGAUGUGUUUACGGCAUGCUAUACCGCCGUCAUGGCUACAGCCGCUGUCCUUGACGCCCGCCGCAAAAAUGAGCGUAGGCGCGAGCUCGACGGCAAAAUUGCAGAAGCCAAGAGCACUCUGGCUGCUAUGCUGGAGCAGUCGGCUGCCCGAGAUUUGGCAAAGAUAGUGGACUCGCCCUACCCAGAUUUCCUCGAUACCCCCCCUCCGGAGAGGUUGGAUGUGCUGAAUCGCAUUAACAAUCAGCGCCGCCAGGACUGGCGCGGCCGAGACCAAAUUCGCCACAACAGACUCGUGUUGAUCCAGGAAUUACGUGUUUCGCUCGGCUUGGGUUGGAGUACGCACACACCGGAUGGGACCACAACUUUGGCCAAAUGGGAGGAGGUUCUUGCCGCCGAAGAAAAGGAAAUGCCCAUCUCGGCACCCCGGGAGCCGCAGUCCGAGAAGCACAUGGAAAAGUACUCCGACAUGGUCAACGACUUGGUGGACCGACUCCUGGCAGAGGCCUGGUAUACCUCGGAAAUGCAAGCGCCCGGCUCGCAACCCUCUCCCAGCAGUCCGGACUCCGCCAACACCAUGAUCCGCAUGCUGCGCUCGGAUGGCUACCCUUCGUAUGCCCAUCCAGACCUGAACCGCCGAGAGACCAUCGAGCAGCGGGCUCGACUGAACGAACUCAAUUUACGCAUCCUGAACGAUUGGGCCCCGCCCUUGCGGGUACACUAUGUGGCAAAGAUCUGCUACAACCUCCUGGUUUGCGGCACUCCUCCCAGUAUCGAAAACUACAACACCCUGAUUCUGGGUUUCUCGCUCCUUGGCGAACACAACUUGUCGCAGGCCGUGGUGGACUCUUUCCUGUUUGUGAGCAGCCUGAAACCGACGCAAGCGACAUAUUUGUGCCUGUUGCACCACUACCGACUAAAAGGGGAUGGCGUGGGCUUCCAUGGCGUGAUUCGACGUUUGUGCGGCCACGACCACCGCGGCAUUGGGCUGAUGCGGAGAUCCGAGGCGGCGGUAGCACGGGAUCCUCUGCUGCGGAGGUGGGCAGCGACCCAAGAUGUCGCCCUGGUCAAGGGUCACUACGUCCAGCGUGCGCCAUUUACCAAGGACCUUGCCGAGGCCAUGCUGGAGGGCCUUAUCGACUUCGACAUGCUUCCCGCGGGCGCCAGACUGCUCGCCGUUUGUCUCGCGGAGCAGUGGUAUUUCAACAGCGAACUGCUCUGGAGAUUGUUCCACUCGUGUCUCGUCGUUGUAGACACGACUGCAGCCAACAUCAUUAUUCAUGGUCUGGUUCAUAACAUUGACAAAGCCUCGUUGCUCCUGCUCGGUCCGUCUCCAGUCCAUUACCCGGUGGUUAGGCAGCUGCGUCACCUUCUCAACAUCUGCCAAGCGACAAGGCUCCCCAGGGACGAUGGAGCUGAUAGCUGCGAGUUUCAGUCUCCUCGCCCGAACACAGGGCAACCCAGGAGAGCAGAGCUCAACCACCUCGUUACAGCGAUUUGGAUAAGAGAAACGUGGCAUUACUGCGUGAACCUAGACUGGGUUCUGAGAAAGGCACGUCAGGCGCUUUCCGACGACGGGCCAUUGAGUGAGCGACUGGACGCCGUCUUACGGGCGCUCAACCGGGAGGCCGAGCGCCCGUGGCGGAAGAUGGAAAAGGUGGAGAGAAAUCAGCGUUUGGCGAGGUUGGCCUGGCUGGCCACGGAAAUUGAGGCGUCCAAUCACCUAGUUGGGAAAGUCGAAUACGGCAUCGCGGUCGCGCUCGCGAAUCUCACACCGAAAAAAUUGCGGACGCGGGCGCAGUUCUCGCGCCAGGUUCCCCUCGAGAAGCGAAUGAAGCUUGCGCUGCGGUAUGCCGCGCCGGGCACGCUCGAGUACCGGGUGGGCCUGUGCUUCGAGCUGAGCAAGGAGAUCGACCAUCAGCUGAAGCUGGCGCUGAUUGAGGCCCUCCCCCCGUCAUAUGCCCAGGGGCUUGAGCAGAUGCAGACCGACAGCGGAGAUGUCGCGUUGGGGAGGGUGGUGAGUUACGUUGAACACUACCUGGCCAACCUUAAAACCCGCGAGGCCAGGGCGUGGAGACGGGAGAGGCCGGAUCCGUUCUCGCGGUUGCUGCAGGCGUUGCCGAAGCCGAAUUUCUCGUUCUGGAAGACGUCGGCGUCGUUCUGA